CUUAUGUGUACUUGCGAGCGGCGACAUCUAUGUAAAUUUACGCAGCUCGGAUGCGUUUCCUGUAACUUGAAGUCCAUCUUAGCCAAGCAGGCCUUCUGCCAAGGCGCGAGCGGCCCUUGGAAAAUGGAGGAACAGGAGAAGCUGCAAAAUGAACUCAUCGAAACAGGAGCGGAGAUACGCAAGGUGUUGGCAUCUGCGGACUCGGCGGAGAACGCUGAGGACAAGCGGUACUACAGGGACAUGGCGCUCGUGCUGCGGAAGAGGGAGCUGCUGCUAUUCGAGGCGCUGCAAGCGCGCGGUCGUGCAGCUAUGGCAGCUGGCCUGGGCGUGGAGAGCGCGACACCACCCCACACCGUUCACGCGGCUGGCCCCGUCCAGCCGCCCCCACCUGACCUACCGCCCCAAACGAACCCUACAACCGCCUACCUGGAGGACUGCCUGAAACCCCCCGCUGCUGGCCGUGGCACGUUGUGCGCGAUGCUGCUGCAUGGAGAUGUUGAGGCGCUGCAGAAGUCCUUGGCCACACCUGUGGCACUGGGUUUGCCGCUGCCACCGUUCGCGGCUGCUGAGAUGCCUCGCUCGCUGCGACACAAGCUGGUGUUCGAGACGCAGCAGGCCACUCCCAACGAGCUAUCUAUGCACGUGUACGGCGCCGUGUGCGAUGACCUGCAGCCCGCCGGCACUGGCUGCAGCUCGGAGAUGUACACUGCGUUCCUCACCCACCGGCUGCUGGAGCGCACAUGGUGGCUGAUUGCGAAGCACCAGCAGGUGACCUGGCUGGACAUGGACCGGAACGUUGCUGAUGCCAGCGGUGCCCAGGCCGCAGUGAGGCUGCAGCGGCCGGACUUCAUGGUUUGGGUGAAGAAGGCGCUGCUGUUCAAGGGGGAGGAGAAGGCAGACCCACCAGGAAGCCUGCCCCUCGCGGUGGAUGAGCUGACAUCGAAUACAACGGAGGCAUGGGCCGCGGGGUUGCUGCCUGCCGUGCCGCGCCCGUGCAUGCUGGCCUACGCUGCCGCCGGUAGCCGCCUUCAGUUCUUCUGCCUCAUUCCUUCGGCCUCAGACAGUACCGGCAAACGCACCGGCGAUGGCAGCAGCAGCAGUGCUGGCAGCGGCAGUCGGCGCGUGCGUGCUGAACCUAUCAGCACCGUCCUCGAACUCAGGAGCUUGGAGGGGCGGCUGGCGGUGGUGACUGCCGCCUUCAACAUCUGGCGCCUGCUGGACGACUACGCAAACAGUGGACAACUGGUGCCGGCGUUACCCAUCGGCGGGCAAAGCAUUAAGUCCGCAGCAGCCACGUCAGCUUCCAUCCCGGUGCUACGUCCGGACUAUCGACUAACGCAUGAGCGGUACGUGAGCUUUGAGCUGCUCGCAAGGCUGUACGAAAGGCUACGGGGCCCGCAGCACCGGCACGCCAUCAUUAAGGCCUCCCAGCUCCCGCGUCUGGAUGCGGACGGCACUUACUGCACCGGCCCACCCGACACGGAGCAAGAGCUCGCGGCGGCCGUGGCGGGCGUGCUUCGCGGCCUGGCGGCGCUGCAUGCCGAAGGCUACGUGCACCGCGAUGUACGGUGGGCCAACGUCAUUUACCUGCCAGAGGACGGCCGCUGGAUGCUCAUCGACCUGGAGCACGCGGGGCUGGAGGGCUGCGACUGCAGCCGGAGCCCGUUCCCGCUGCGGUGCUGGAGCCCCCGGACCCUGCCACCGGACAAGGUCUACAGGGCGGCCAGCGACCUGCGCAUGGCGGCUGAGCAGUUGAUGUGCGGCGGGCUGCGCUUCACGCUCAGCGAUGCCGCGAGCGACUUGAGGGAGCAACUGAUGCGAGCGGUCGAGGCGGACAACGGCGGCAGUGGCGGCAGUGGCCUGACCGCUGAACAGGCACUCAAGCACCCUUGGCUUGCGGCUGCUGCAGCCGGGCCUUGGUAGUGAGCGCAGUGAGGGUUUUGUGGCGGUGCGGCAUCAAAGUUGACAGGGAUUGCGAGCUUGAGCACGAGCAGCCGUGCGGUACUAGCAGUUGCGGCAGUAGCCGGCACACUACGCACCCGGACACGCACUGCUUGCGCUGUAUGCGAUCGCAGGGGCAGGACAGGAGCAGCAACGGCCACCAGCAUGCAUGAGGCGCCGCGUACGCCAUUGUUAACGGAAAGAGCGGAAGGAGCAGCAUCAAGAAGUGACGCUGGAGUGUGGGUUGAGCCCAGGAGCGUGGGCUGUGCGCUUAGGUGCCAUCGUCAGGGCGGUGCAGCGCGCAGCACCUCUCAGUUAUUACGGUGGUGAUAUGCUAUCUGCAGGGAGAUGCGGGGAUCUGCCAUUUGCAGGCAAAAGGGCAACGGCGGCGACUGGCAUCGUACGUGUAUGAAGUGUUGUCGGUAGGAAGCGGAAGUCCUGAGGUAGGGUGUGGAGAGCGAGGUUGCGGGAGUCAGCAGAGAAACGGUGACGGCGUGUCGCUCACGGUCGGGGUAGACACCUCGCCUUUCUGGCAGCAAGCAGUUGCGCAAUCUGAUAGGCUUGUGCUGCUGACACUUGUGGUGCACAGCCCGCGCGGUGCAUUCUGGCCGGGGACCAGUGUCGCGUGUUUCUCUGUUGAACUUACAUGCCGCACACCAUGUCGUGCUGCCCAUGUAGUCCGCCGCGUUAGCAAGGCCGCGUGGAGGAGGAGAGCGCGGCGCCGCUCAAGAAGCGGCGCCGGCGCGCAGGUUGAGGUCGGCCGGUGUCUCGUUAGGGUCUUUGCUGGCGAGCGUACCACGGCACAGUGUAUGGUAAGCCGCACGUAGCAGUGAGGAGUGUUGUGGCUAGAGGAUUUCCUGCUGUUUGGUUGAUUGCUGGCUGUGCUGUUGCUUGGCAGCGGGACGUGGCUGGACACAUUACGGCGGGCCAAGCCUGUACGAACCGAUUCCGGCUAUGGCCGGGAGACGAGGUAGAUGCUUGCGGCCUCAGACUAGGUACAUGGCUCAGCCCACUUUUCCCAUGUAAGCGAAGGUAUCU